AUGUUAUUGCGAGUUAUCCAAGUAUCGUUUACACAGCUGUCCGUCUUAUGCUUAGCAACUUUCAUUCCGUUGGUAGCUGGUGGCAGCAGCAAUUGUCAGUACGAGUGCGCCGGCUAUGGCUCCGCUUGCUACAGCGCUUGCCAGAGUUGCAUCAAUACGACUCCUUCAGGCUGCACAACCUACUAUUCAGCUUAUAGCGGCUGCUACUAUGGCUGUGGUUGGCGGUGGACGUGGUGGGGCUCCCUUCUAGUCACCCUCGCCAUCCUACUGUUUUCCUGCGGCAUUGGCUCAUGUGUGUACUACUCCAUGCGAAAGCGCCGCAUGCAACGGGAGCAGGAAAUGGCCGCCUGGGCAUCGCAGCAGGGGCAGCAAAUCCACCAAUCAGGAGGUGGACCAGAACCAGUGCCAGGUUACCCUGUUACAGGAGUGCCGCCUGGUGGUUACCCGUUCCCCCCUCCCCCUCCAGGUGGUUACCCCCCUCCGCCUCCAGGGGGCUACCCUCCUCCCCCACCAGGGGGUUACCCGCCUCCGCCCCCAGGGGGUUACCCCCCUCCUCCACCUGGUGGUUAUCCACAGCAACCACCAGGCGGAUGUGCCCCUGCAUCGUCAUCCGCCCCGCCUGUAUAA